CUCACUUCCUGCAGAAGCAGCGGUGUGUUGACAAACUGCCGCUGUUGGCUCGUAAACAUGGCGACCGCUGGAGCAACUGGAGACGACCUGAAGAAAGAGCUCACAUGCGCAAUUUGUUUGGACUUUUUCAAAGACCCAGUCAUACUGAAGUGCGGACAUAAUUUUUGUCGCUUUUGUAUCUGCAUGCACUGGGAUGAAAAUGGCGGAGAUUACGGGUAUCAGUGUCCUCAAUGCCGGACUGUAUUCAACAAGAGGAGCUUCACUAAAAACUACUUGGUGCAGAAUCUAGUUUCAAAACUGGACGACCUGGAGCAUCUGGGUUCUCCUUCUGCUCCUUCCAAGUCUAUGAAACCGGAUGGAAAGUGUCAACAACAUGGUGAAGAGCUGAAACUCUACUGCCAAACUGAUAAGAGGCCCAUUUGUGUUGUCUGCAGGGAAUCAAGAGCUCACAGACACCAUCAGGUGGCUCCAGUGCCAGAAGUUGUGAAUGAUAUGAAGAUGGAGUUGAAAGUGAGACUUAUGGAGCUCAACUGGCAGAAGUCGCAGUAUACUAAAAUCAAGACAACAGAUGAAAGGACUAAAAAUGAUGUUCGGCUGAAGAAGCAACGGCUCAAGGAGAAGAUUGAAGCAGAUGUAGGGGCCUUGGUCCAGUUCUUGUUGGAUGAGAGAGAUUCUCUUCUGGAGAGCUUGGAUGCUGAGGAAGCAGCAUCUCUGGCCAUCAUUGACGACAACCUGGACUUUGUUGAUAGUGAAGCAGCAGAUGUGGACAAACUCAUAGCAGAUAUUCAUAAUCACAUUGGUGGGAAGACUAACUUUGAGAGCCUUUCUGGAACAUUUAAUAAAGCAAUGCAUCGCAAGUCUUUCACAUCCCUUGAGCCGGUCAGUUGUACAACUGAAUUUACAGACUUCUCAGGGCCUUUCCAACUCAUCAUGUGGAAGAAGAUGAUGCACGUUCUGCACACCAUGCCUCAGAACCUGACCUUAGACCCCGACACCGCUCACGCGAACCUCCUUAUCUCAGACUUUGACACCAAAGUGGAGGAGGGACGGGUUCGCAGCCAGGAGCCGGAUCUUCCGGGCCGCUUCAACCGGUUCUGUGGAGUCCUCGCCACAGCCCAGUACGCCAGCGGCCAGCACUACUGGGAAGUAGACGUGAGGGACAAAGGUGUGUGGUACCUGGGGGUGACGACUGAGUGCAGCAACAGAAAGGGCUUUGUCAGUCUCACUCCAUCCGCAGGAUACUGGAGCCUCUGUCUGCAGGACCGACUCUACGCCAAUGUGGAAGAUGGUCGCAUUCCCCUCGCUGACUACUGGAACUCUCCUCGUGUCGGUGUGUACCUGGACUAUGACAAUGGCCGCCUUAGUUUCUAUGAUGCUGUUACAAUGAAGAGACUCUACAUGUUCGACACCUGCUUCGAGGAGCCUGUCUAUCCUUUUUUCAGCCCAGGGAAGAAUGACGUAGGCAGCAGGCUGCAGAUAUGCCAUUACUAUUAACAGAGGUGUGAUGAGUAGGUGUUAAGAGUCCAACUCGUGCUUUGAGGUUAGCCUGUUGGAAAGACAUCUUCUUUAGACAUACAGUAGUGAUGAUGUGAUGUUGCUUCCCGGGUGAACAUUCUCAACUUGGAUUCCCCCCCCACCCCCCAAAA